AUGCCACCCAUGAAACUCAUCCUCUCCCAACUUGGAAAGCAUCCCAGCACAGCAUCAAGCAUGGCGAAGGGCAGGAAGAUCACCGCCCAGAGCAGCACCAACAGGACCAUCAUCGUAUACCGCGACUGCCUCUUUUUAGCGGUCGCCAGCUUCAUAUUCCUCUUCGCUUACUUCGACACAUCCUCGACGUGGCUUGUCGUGGCAGACGCAACAAGCCUUCGGAUAAAGCCUGACCAUGAUGGCAAACGUAACAUAACGACAGAUACGUUGGCGGCAGGAGACCUUGCCUUCCCCAUAUCGAGAACAGCAGGUACCAAGACAACGGAUCCUAGCACUCAUUAG